ACUAAUACGCCGCCAUUUCUAAACUGUCAGAAGGUUCUGUUGCUACGCACUUUUAUUUUAUGUUUUUAAAGUCGCCAGUUGGUUUUUCCUGAAGGAGUAAUUGUACAAUAUAAUAUUGUAUGCAAAACCCAACACGUAUUCGAAUUUCAAAGGGCAAGCGGAAGAAAUUAAAACCAGCGAGAGGCCAAAUAGGACUAGAAAAAGCGCAUUCGGCGCCAUCAUAUUUUCCGUUCUCGGAAAACUUCAUUUUUGCAGACUCCAGUGCAUAUCUCAGUGAGAUAUUCCUUGUUAUUUACUGUUUUAUCAGAUUCGUUGAACGGAUUGAGAUUACAAUGGCCACAGAGAAGGAAAAGGCCAUCAAGAAUAUUGGCGCCGUUGUGAGGGCACUGACGGUGUCCAUCAAACCGCCGGUCACGUUGAUGUCCAUCCUGAAGGACUACAAGGGAAUCGAGGGCGAACCGCUGCCUUUUCGCAAGCUGGGCUAUGCGACAGCCGAGGAUUUGUUGUUGGCAACGAAUGAGUUCAAUAUCCAAAGGUUCGGUAAUGAGGUCAUCAUCAGUGCGAAGUAUAGUGCCAAAACCGAGCACAUUGCGUCUAUGGUCAGAGGGCAAAAGAACAGCGCAAAGAACAAACCCAAGCCUAAAAUUAACCGCGUUCCCUCCUACGCCAACAAAUAUAACAACAACAACAACAACUACCAUCCUCAAGCGCAGCAAUACUAUCGUCCAGCGCAGCAGCAAUAUUAUCAACAACCGCAACAGCAUCAGUACUUUCAUCCACAACAACCUAAUCCAGUGCAAGUUUUACAACACGAAUUUAACCGUAUUCGCCAGCAGCAGCAGGAGCAGUUUCUCGCCCAGCAGUGCUUCGAGGAGCAGCGAAAAAGAGAGCAACGCGAAGUUGAUCAGCUGAAAAACGAUCUAAUCAAGCAGCAGGCAAAUUUGGAAAAGGAUAUUAGGAAUAGGUUCAACAAGGAGCUAGAGACUCGGAAUAAAGAGCUCAAUGCCAAGAUAGAAAAAGAGGUUGCGUCGCGUUUGGAAACUUUAAAAAAGCAGCACGAAAGUGAACUAAAAGCACUUGCGGCAUCAUUGGAAAACUCCAAAAAGGAUUGCAUGAAAAAGGAGUGUCAGAAGAGCGCAGGGACAAAGAGUACAAGUCAGGACAGUAAGAACUCAGAGCUUAAGGAGCAGCAACGGAAGUGCGAAGCCCGGAAGCAGGAAAUGGAGAAGGAUCGAGCUCCGAAAUCCAAAGGACCUACAGCCAUGCGUGCCGCACAUAUGGAAAAGGAAACGAUCUUGAUCACUGUACCAAAUGAUAAGAUCGGAUCCACCAUGAACGGUCAUGGUCAGAGCCGUAUUCAGAGCAAUGGGCAGAACAAACAAAACGGAAGCAACCCGCCGCUGCGAGCCAUAUUGGGCAAUAGUGCAUCUCACCGUCCGAACGCACCAAGUGUCGAUGCCGAUUCGUCUGCCGCCCGCCCUAAGCGGCCGUUGCAUCCGCGCGUGCUUUACCCAGGACAGAUGCGCCCUACUUCUGUUUCCGUGAAUGAUAGACUUAAACUCAAAGCGCCGCCCCAGGCUACGACACCGGUGGUGACUCCCAUCACGCCGCCCGACUCGCCAGAGAACGCGAAAACCGAAGGAGCGACACAGCCGGAAGAUGUACUAAGGGUGACGAAUCAUGCUCCCAAGAUUAAUAACUCCACGCCGAAUACCAGAAAGACCGUCAACUUCAAGUUCAAUCCAACGUACGACGCCGUUUCAUCGUUGAAUCUGUACUGCGAAGCCCAUGGCUUUGAGAAGCCAACGUUUAAUAUCUUCAAUACGCCACCACGUCUGAAUUGCUCCGUGAGGAUUGAGGGCGAUGUCUACAGCAGCUAUCCUCAGGAGUUUGCGAAUGAGGAAGCGGCCUACCAGCGCACAGCCCAGAUCGCCAUUGAGCGGAUCAAACACGCAGAAUCACGACAACGGCUCUCUGUCUGCAUGGUCAACAAUGAUGAGUUUAUCGAGGGACUGUAUCAGGAGUUGCUUAAGUACCCGCACGGCAUUCUGGGCCACAAGCUAGAAGAUUGGUAUGGCAGGACCUUUGGGCACCACCUGCCCAGCAACUGGUACGAUCUGAUCAUAGAGUCGAACAAGAUUCGCGUGGAACACGGAAUUAAUCCGCGGAUCAUUCUGUUCGCCAACGAUCCUGGAUCCCCGGUUCCGAUUCGUAUCAACACGCCCGCCACAAUGCCAGAGCUGGUGCUUCCCUGGCAAGUGAACGAGGACGGAUCGCACGAUUGGAACAUGUACAUCAGCCACUGCAUUUCGACGACUGAAGUUUGGGUCCGACUGAUUGAUCAGAUCGAAAAGUUGGAUGAGCUGACAACGCACAUGAGCCGACACAUGGCCGUGCCUCACUACCGCCAACAGGUGCUUGAUCCCCAUGUGCAGGAGCUUUAUCUGGUGGAGAUCCGCGAGGGCUGGAACCGUGUUCGUGUGAUCUCCGUCGAUGCGGAGCAGAAAAAUUGUCGUUGCCACUUCGUGGACUUUGGAGAUAUCGCACAAUUCUCGUUUGAAGAACUGUUCCAGUGCCCGGCCCAGUUUCUCGUGCUACCUGCCCAAGCAAUUUGUCUAAGUUUGUAUGCACUGGACAAGUUUAGGGAUCAUCCUCACGCUCAGCGUGUUCUGAUUACCGAACUUGAAGGCCAAACAGUGGUGGCCCGUGUGCUUACUAGCCAGAAGCAGUUCCUCGAACUUGGCGGUGCUGCUCAGGGCAUAGUAGGAAAAGGCAGGCGACAAGCAUGUCUAGUGGCCACUCUGUACGACACAUCCACGGCCGAGGACGUCCAUCUAAAUGAUCUGGUGGCCAGUAGGAUCAUAAAGACUACGCCGCCGCCUACACUCAAUGAUGAACAGAAUAUCGGAAAAACCACGCCCAUUUUUGUGACACACAUCACCGAGGACGGCGAUCUGAUGGUACUGCUCCGCAACGACGAUUUGAACUUUGUGGAACGGAGCAUUGCUACCACAGUGGUGGAUCUGGGGGAAAACGAUCGUGUACAAUACGCUGAUCUGCUCCAUGAUCGACAUGUCUUCGUCUGUGACGAAUCCGUGGGUGGUCAGAAGCAAUGGUAUCGCGGGCGUCUGGUGGCCAAGCCCCAGAAUCCCGAAGAGGAGACUUUCGACAUUUACUACAUAGACGAUGGACGGCAGCGCAAGACGCACAUAUCGAACGUUUACCGAUUGGAGGCCAACAACCGAGCUCUGGCCUCGUACCCUCCACAGGCGCUGCCUGUACGGCUGUACGAUGUCCCCCAGAUAACUAAUCACAUGAUGGGACGUCUGCGAACACAGAUGCCGCCGCGCAGCGAAGCUUUGCUCAAAGUUGUAGCCAAAGACGUUACGAAGCCCCUGGUUAAGGUAUAUAUCCGUCAGGGUCCUGAAUCGAUGUACAGUAGUGUGAACACCGGCCUUCGAAUGGAAUUCGAGAUUCAGAGUACGACUCGUCAGGAGUCUUUGGAUGAUCUGCAGUCGAAUACCAGCGUUCAGAUGCCCAGACGCGGCAGCUUCAGCUCCGUGGUCUCAAGUCAAAGCAGCAGCAGCGACCUUGUCGCCUUCACCUCGCCGUCGUCACCUCAAAAGGCAUCUCCAAAACGAUCAGGAGCCACAACAUUUUCGACACUCCUGCUUAAAGAUUACGAAGCCAUUCCGGCGGUGGGCGCCUACUUUGAAGUGCGCGUAUCCCUCUCCAUAAAUCCAGGACACUUUGCGGUUCAACCUUACAAAUUCUACAAUCAGCUUCAGUUUUUGAUGAAGGAUCUACAAGAAUAUUGCAAGGGAAAGGCAGCCAAGGGAGUCGAGCCCUCCCAACUGGCCAUCGGCGAGGCCUACGCUGCGCCCGACAGUGAGGGCGUUUAUCAUCGCGUAAAUAUUCGCAAAAUUUACGAUGAGAUUAUACACGUCAGUUUCGUGGACGUGGGCGACGAUGGUGUGGUGGCCUGUGAUCAAUUAAAAACACUCCCGCCGGAGUUCAGGGAGCUUCCCAAGAUGGCGCUGCCAGCUCAAUUAUAUGGCAUUAAACUGGCAGACGUGGUCUGGAGCCAUGAGAACUGUGUCCGGUUCCGCAAGCUAACGCUGGGCAAGAUGUUUAUAGGAAUUGUGCGCUGCCUGCAGAAACAAAAGGAUGAAACGCGAGCGCUGUGCUUGGAGCUGAUCGACACAUCCACACCGAAGGAUAUUAAGAUGCACGAGAUUCUCAUUACAGAGAAUCACGCGCAGCCGGAAACAAAAGAAGUCUGAGUUGGAUU